AUGUCGGCUAACGGCGCGGGUCCCACAGCAACAUCCGACGCGAAGAAGGCUCGAGUGGAAGCUGAUGUGAUCACGGAGGCGGACCCCGUGCCGGUGUUUCCUCUCCUGUCCACCGAUGCCGCUGCCUACGAGCGUGAACACGUGCACGACGUGUACAGCGCGAUUGCCGACCACUUCUCUAGCACACGGUACAAGGCAUGGCCCCAGGUCAGCGCCUUUUUGGAGAGCCUACCGCCCUUCUCCCUCGUGGCGGAUGUCGGCUGCGGAAAUGGGAAGUACUUUUUGGCAGCACAGCGACUUACCCUCACCGACCCCUCGCAUCCCAUGAGCACAUCAGGCGCUUCUCUCGGGAUGAAGUCGUGGCAGCAGGCAGCAGCGCAGGCCUCACCGCCUCUUGUCUCCUUUGCACCUGCACACCGCUACGUCGUGGGCCUCGACUAUAGUGAGGAGCUCCUGCGCUCCACGCAACGUCAGCUGGUUGACCCAAACAUGCAUCAGGGGCAGCGGCGUCGCCGCCUUAGUGGCAAGCGUGCCAAGAGCGAGGCAGAGGCGGUGGCGACACCUGUGUCUGCGGAGGAGCUUCCACGGACAGAUACGGUGCGCAGCGACGCUCUACGAUGCCCGUUGCGUAGCGGUAUCUUCGAUGCCGCCAUCAGUAUAGCAGUGAUCCACCACUAUGCGAGUCGCGAGCGGCGGAGACUGGCGGUGCGUGAGCUCCUCCGCCUUGUUCGGCCGCAUGGCGGGCGUGUACUCAUUUACGUGUGGGCACGCGAGCAGCGAGGCCAAAAAAAGUGUCUGGUUGACCCAGAAACCGGCGACGGUUUCGUGCGGUGGGAGAGAAAUCAGAAGUACGAUGGUGCACAGCAGGUGUUUCACCGCUACUAUCACUUUUUUUCGGAGGGAGAACUGGAGCAGCUGUGCAAGGACGCGGUCAGCGAUGAUGGGACAGGGACGAUUCAGGUCGCUAUCCGGGAGUCAUACUACGACACGGAGAACUGGUGUGUGAUGCUGGAGCGCUGCUGA